GUCAUGGCCAGUCCUUCGUGUUGGCGUAUACUGACCCGCAGGAAAGUGCUCUCCUUCGAUGGCAGUUCGGAGAAGCUGGGCCGGAUACUGAACACCUUCGAUCUGACGGCGCUCGGUGUUGGCGCAACGCUUGGUGUCGGUGUGUACGUGCUUGCCGGGCAUGUCUCCAAGGAUCAGGCAGGUCCUUCGGUUGUGCUGUCGUUUCUGAUAGCGGCCGCUGCGUCCUUUCUGGCUGGUCUGUGCUACGCCGAGUUCGGAGCGCGUGUACCCAAGUCAGGAUCGGCGUACAUCUACAGCUACGUGUGUAUCGGCGAGUUUAUGGCAUUCAUCAUCGGUUGGAACCUGAUGCUGGAGUACAUCAUCGGAUCGGCCAGUGUGUCGCGCGGCUUAAGCCUAUACAUCGACACGCUGGCAAACGAUACGAUGAAGACACGCUUCCUGGAGGUGGCGCCAAUCGAGUGGGACUUUAUGUCCAACUACUUUGACUUUUUCGCCUUCUCCGUUGCGAUCUUACUUGGCAUCGCUUUAGCGUUCGGGCUCAAAAAGUCUACCAUGGUCAACAAUGCCUUUACCGUGCUGAACAUCUUUAUCGUGCUGUUCGUCAUAGUGGCCGGUGCCAUCAAGGCAGAUCCGGAAAAUUGGCGCAUAAAGCCGGAAAAUGUUUCCAGCCAGUACAACGCUGGCGAGGGAGGAUUUUUCCCGUUCGGCUUCGAGGGAACGCUCCGGGGAGCAGCUACCUGUUUCUUCGGUUUCGUUGGAUUCGAUUGUAUUGCCACGACGGGCGAGGAGGUGCGCAACCCACGUAAAGCGAUCCCGAGAGCGAUCCUAUGCUCGUUGACUAUCAUCUUUCUUGCGUACUUCGGCGUCUCGACGGUGCUGACGCUCGUUUGGCCAUACUACAAACAGGACGUUAAUGCGCCCCUACCGUUUGUCUUCAACGAGAUCGGUUGGCACUUUGCAAAGUGGAUCGUUGCAAUCGGUGGUAUUAUUGGGCUGGUGGCAAGUCUAUUCGGCGCCAUGUUCCCGCAGCCCCGUAUCAUCUACGCGAUGGCACAGGAUGGGCUGAUCUUUCGGGCACUCGGGGAGGUUAGCCCACGGUUUAAGACGCCGGUAUUUGGGACACUCUGUGCAGCGUUGCUCACCGGCACGAUGGGUGGUUUGUUUGACUUGCGAGCGCUGGUCAAUAUGCUGUCGAUCGGAACGCUCAUGGCCUACACCGUGGUUGCAAUCUCGAUACUCAUUCUAAGAUUUUCCGAAAACCCCGAUCCAGCUAUUCCAUCUACAAGCACCCGUGACACGUACGAGUCAUCGAACCUGCUGAAGGCACGGGAACGCGUUACCGGUUCCGCUUUCUUUAAGCAGCUGCUCAAUCUGUCUUGCCUUCGUUUGCCGACGAACGUGUCCAGCAGUGUGGUUGGAGUGCUGGUGACAAUAUAUUGUCUGUUAGCAAUAGCACUUUCGCUGACAAUCUUCUACGCUAAGGACGCCAUUUACGAGAUGGAAUCGUGGGCCUGGAUACUGUUCGGUGUGUUGCUGGGCCUCACGUUGCUGGUGUUGCUGCUCAUCUCGAUACAGCCGCGUGAGCGAGCUGACGCACCGUUCCGGGUGCCGUUGGUGCCACUGCUACCGGGAAUCAGUAUUUUCGUCAACAUCUAUCUGAUGCUUAUGCUUGACGUUUACACGUGGAUACGGUUUGGCAUAUGGAUGGGAAUAGGACUUGUAAUAUACUUUACGUGCGUUUGCUGCAACAUGCGAGCUGCUACAAAUCCUGACGUCCGUGUGCCACAGUUCCCUGCCGUAGAAACGUCGUCCGAAAUGGGCUACAGGAGAAAUGAUGAUGAUGACGCCGAGCUAGAAAAUGGCUCGGUAGUGAACCGCUCCAACCACACAGUACCCCGUGAGCACAUGAACUUCCCACAGCAGAAUGGGUACUAUUCACAAAACCUAAGUACAGCGAUAUCCGUCGAGACGGCCGAUAAGGAUGGACGAUUGAUCGAGCUUAAAGCAAACGCUCCCACCAAGGAGCUUGCUGUGGUAUCGGCAUUAGUUGUAGCUGGGGCCGGUUCCGACCCGGAAGAGGAGCAACGGCAAACGAAACAAUCAAGAUCGAACACCUCCACGCCCAAGAGUAGCUUCGAUGAGAUCAUACCACUAUCCGAAGGGACAGUGCGAGGGUUUACGGAAAAGGUAGAACCAAAUGGGAAGGUUUAUUUUGUAACGCAGGAAGAAGACACUGCCGAGCGCGACGCGCGUAAAAUCACACCACCGAGAGGUGGCGAACAGACAGAGCCUGGCUCACUGACGGAUGAGAAGGAAACGUCUAAAGCGAUCGCAUUUUUAGAUCACAUUCUGGACGAUGAAGAUACGCUACCGUCCGGUGAGGAAACGCUCAGCUCGGCCGAAUACAUUGGCAGGACAAAGUGUGACGAUGAUGAGUCGCUAGCAAGUCCCGUCUUUCGGGAGCAGUCUGUUAUCGCCGAUAUCCAUCGAGCGGAUGACAGUAUCGUGGAGGUGGAGCAGAGAUCACACGAAAACGAGACGGAAGAAUCGACACACGAACAACCAAAAUCUACCUCCGACAGUGAGCAACUGCAAGUACAGGAAGAGAAAGAGGAUCGUGCUAUCAAUAAGGAGACAGAUAUGAGGACACAAACUCCUACGAUAACGAUAGCUAGUGAAGAAUCUCCUGCAGGUUCUGGAAGCGAUAAGCCUAAGCAUAAGCCUCGAGUAAUGUACAUUGCAGGGAUGGAAGAGGACGGAGAGCCCGCACCAAAACUGCUCACCGAAGAAGAGCAGGACCAUAUCAACUUCCGAGCGGCAGAAAAGGAACGGUUCAUGAGCCGCCUUAGUACUCUGCUAGUCAAUCCGGUAAAGAUACCGCUCAAGCGACUUCAUCCACCUGGCGAGGACCAUAUGAGCGGAGAGCAAGAGACUUCGCCAGUAUCGAACCGACAGCUGUCUGCAAUGUCUCCACCGAGUGGACCCGGUAUUGUUCGCUCAACGAGUGAACCCAGCUUUGUGCUGCUACUGAACAAGCUCAGCCAUUCAAACUCCCCACAGGAAAGUGAAACAGAUGAACCGGAUCCCGAUAGGGCACGGUCCGAGCAUAGUAGCGUUGUUAUCCCACCGGCUCCAAAGUUUGAUGAAACGCUCUUCAACACAAUUCGUGCGGGGUCAGUCAUUCCUGACACUCCUAGAAGUCCCAUUCCGAUGGCGCCCAAGUUUGAUCCGGUGCUAUUCAACACACUCGGCAAAGGAAAGUCUCAACGUGCUUCGAUUUUGCCUACGGAGUCCGAACCACCAACACUUCUCCCAACACCUGUAGUUCCCUCCGAUGGACAAUAUUACGAGGUGGAGCUAAAGAAGCUUAAACCUGUGCCCAGCUCAACGGCAGUAUCUCCCACUGCUCUCAAACCCACAUCACCUGCCAAGGAAACGGUACGAGAUGAGGCUAAUAGGCUCGAACUGGAUAAGGAACCCUCCAAUCCGCGGGCAGCCUUUAAGUCUCGGUUGGAAAAGAUCCUACAACGUGGACCAAUGGACGCAAUGGGUCGUCCGAAAUCGUUGCAACCGGCCACUAUGAUAGCGGUCAGCGAGGAAAACCUUCAGCGUACGAUCGCCGACCAGCAGCAACCGGCAUCGAGCACCGAUUCCGGGCUCAGCAUGGCCUCGUCUAACAAUUCCAUCGCUUCCACCACCAACACCACUACACCGGUUGCGACGAAGCCACGCGACGAAAGCUUUCGGGAUCGUGCUCGAGGAUUCGAUACGGCAAAAAAGAAACAAAAGCUCCUGUUCGACGAUGUGCUCAAGUCGAUCAAUCCCGAAACCCGGCCAAGCAGUAUACGCAACUCGGUCGAGCAUCGGGUAUCGUUUCGCAACUUCAAGGAGGGCCUGCGAAAGACGGUACCACCAAAACAGUUUCUACCAGAUGCGUAGCGAUGAGG